AUGGAUUUAGUUUCUCAGGAAAAACUUUAUAAGAAUCCCAUUUAUAAAUUUUAUGACUUUAAUUUUAUUAUUUCAUCUGUUUACAUAAAAGAACAUUUUUUGAAGAAUCAGUCAAAUGAAGAAAUUUCACGUUUAUUAUCAUUAGAACCACAUUUUAAUUGGGAUAUAAUAGUAAAAUUAGAUCUUUCAAUGAAAGGUGUACUACACAUUACUGGUUUAAGGUUACCUACAAAUUUAAGACAUUUGAAAAUUACUCAAAAUCACAUCCGUAAAAUUGAAAAUUUGGAUUCACUUAUUAAACUAGAAUAUUUAGAUUUAUCAUUUAAUAAAAUUAAUAAAAUAGAAAACCUUGACCACUUAACUAAUUUGACACUUUUGAAUUUAGCUGGAAAUCUAAUUACAGAAAUUGAAAAUUUAGACUGCAAUGUAAUGUUAGAAACAUUAUUUAUAAAUGAUAACCGCAUAAAUGAUAUAAAUAAUUUUUUAUACUUGAAAAGAUUUAAGAAAUUGAUAUGUAUUGAUGUAUCAAAUAAUCCUGCCACUAGUGAUAUAGUUAAUUCCAGAUACUAUAUUUUAUGUCGAUUUCCUCAACUUCAUUAUCUAAACGGUGAAUACAUAUCUUAUCAAGAAAGAUUGUCUGCUGGAAUUAUAGAGCCAAAAGUAAUUUCUAAAAUAAAAUCGAUAGAUUUAGCUCAAAUAAUAGCUGAAAAUGCUGCAGAUGAGAGAAAUAAAGAAAUUGAAAAUCAUAAAUUAGCCUUUGUAGAAGACUUGGAUGGGGAAAGUUUUAUUGAUUACUUAUAUAAAAACGACCCAGAUGGUAAACAAUUAAAAAACUUAAAUUCAGAAGUAAAAUUAGCAUACGACGAAUACAAGAAAAAUAUGACUGGAAUAACUAUGGAAAUAUUUCAAAUGGGAAAGGAAAACUUAUUAACUAGAAAUAAAAUAACAGAGAAAUUUCACUUAGCCUAUUAUAUAUUUGAAAAAAAGUGGACUAACAAAAAUCGUACAAUGAUUUCGGAUUUUGAAAAUAUUAGAUACUUUAGAGUUCAAUCUUUGGCUGGUAAAUAUAAGGAAAAUGAAUUAGUCUCCGCUGACAAUAUGAAUAAAUCAAUUGCAAUAAUGAUAAGUAGAUACGAAAAAAAUUUAGAGGAUAUUCUAAGAGCUUUUAUAGAACCAUUAGUUGACAAAUUUGCUGAAUUACGAGAAAUCGAAAAUGAUUAUGCACAAAUUUUAAGCGAAACUAUUAAAAUGAUCACAAAUAAUCCCGAUAGCAUUGAUGAAUAUGUAUCUAGCUUAAAUUAUUUUGGAGGCGAUAGAUUUGCUAUAAAUCAAGCUACUUAUAAAUCUACUGACAAGCAUAUGGAUGCGAUUUAUACACGAGAGGAAAAAUUAAAUUUAGACAUUAAAAAUUGGACUAGACAAAAAAUAGAUAAUUUAAAAAAAAAAGAAAAAAAAAGAUACCUAAUGGUAUGUGAAGAAAUUGCCAACUAUCGAGAAAUGCAAAAACAAUGUUAUAGCAGCUCAUCAUCAAGCUCAACUAGCUCUGACAACUCAUGUGAAUCGGAGUCGGGUCUUCCAAUUGCCCAAAGCCAGGAUGUAGUUACCGAAAAUCAAGAAACAAAAAGCAAGAAAAGAAUAAGGCGACCUGAAAAUUAG